UCGUCCCCCGCGGGCGCGAGAAUGGCGGCCCUUCCCGGCAGCGUACCGAGGAUGAUGCGGCCGGCUCCCGGGCAGAACUACCCACGCACCGGGUUCCCUCUGGAAGUGUCCACCCCGCUGGGCCAAGGCCGGGUCAACCAGCUUGGUGGGGUCUUCAUCAAUGGGCGACCCCUGCCCAACCACAUCCGCCACAAGAUCGUGGAGAUGGCCCACCACGGCAUCCGGCCCUGCGUCAUCUCCCGCCAGCUGCGUGUGUCCCACGGCUGCGUCUCCAAGAUUCUCUGCCGCUACCAGGAGACCGGGUCCAUCCGGCCCGGGGCCAUCGGCGGCAGCAAGCCCAGACAGGUGGCGACCCCGGAUGUGGAGAAGAAGAUUGAGGAGUACAAGAGGGAAAACCCGGGCAUGUUCAGCUGGGAGAUCCGGGACCGGCUGCUGAAGGAUGGGCACUGUGACCGCAGCACCGUGCCCUCAGUGAGUUCGAUUAGCCGCGUGCUCAGAAUCAAGUUCGGGAAGAAAGAGGAGGAGGACGACGCGGACAAGAAAGAGGACGACGGCGAGAAGAAAGCCAAACACAGCAUCGACGGCAUCCUGGGCGACAAAGGGAACCGGCUGGACGAGGGCUCAGACGUGGAGUCGGAACCCGACCUGCCUCUGAAGCGCAAGCAGCGCCGCAGCCGGACCACGUUCACGGCUGAGCAGCUGGAGGAGCUGGAGAAGGCCUUCGAGAGGACGCACUACCCCGACAUCUACACCCGCGAGGAGCUGGCGCAGAGGACCAAGCUGACUGAGGCGCGUGUCCAGGUCUGGUUCAGUAACCGCCGCGCCCGUUGGCGUAAGCAGGCCGGAGCCAACCAGCUGGCAGCGUUCAACCACCUUCUGCCAGGGGGCUUCCCUCCCACCGGCAUGCCCGCACUGCCCCCCUACCAGCUGCCGGACUCCACCUACCCCACCACCACCAUUUCCCAAGACGGGGGUAGCACCGUGCACCGGCCCCAGCCCCUCCCGCCGUCCACCAUGCACCAGGGGGGGCUGGCUGCGGCCGCGGCAGCCGCGGACACCAGCUCUGCCUACGGAGCCCGCCACAGCUUCUCCAGCUACUCCGACAGCUUCAUGAACCCAGCGGCGCCCUCCAACCACAUGAAUCCUGUCAGCAACGGCCUGUCCCCUCAGAAACAGGGAGUGCAGGAGGAGGUGGCAUGUUCUUCAGCUUGGUCCGACGCGGAUGGUCUCUCCCCACAGGUGAUGAGCAUUCUGAGCAACCCCAGCGCGGUGCCGCCGCAGCCGCAGGCCGACUUCUCCAUCUCCCCGCUGCACGGCGGCCUGGACUCGGCCCCCUCCAUCUCGGCCAGCUGCAGCCAGCGGGCGGACUCCAUCAAGCCGGGGGACAGCCUGCCCACCUCCCAGUCCUACUGCCCACCCACCUACAGCACCACCGGCUACAGCGUGGACCCCGUGGCUGGCUACCAGUACGGCCAGUACAGCCAGACUGCUGUUGAUUACCUGGCCAAAAACGUGAGCCUCUCCACGCAGCGCCGCAUGAAGCUCGGGGAGCACUCCGCGGUGCUGGGACUCCUGCCGGUGGAGACUGGCCAGGCCUACUAG